UAAUGUCUGCCAGCGCCACCUCCGCCAACGCAGGGCUGUGUCUAGGAUGGAGGACAAGCAUUCUGACCCAGGAACCCCCUCAGGCCUGCUCUCCAGGACAGGGAGGAGGGCGUAUUCAGUCAGUUAGUCAAAGAGCCAAUGGAGAUUAAACAUGUGCUAGUCUCUGUUUUAAUUAUUGGGGUUUCAUUCAUUCAUUUAUUGAGUUCCAUUGUAAAGCCCUGUGCAAGACAGACAUCUUCCCAGCCCUCAAGGUUCAUAACAGGCUCUUAGGAGAGACAGUUUGAAAAAACAACCAGCAAGCAGAUAAGAUAUAUAGGUAAAAGGUUAGCUGCAGAGAGGAAAGUAAAAUAAGAGUAAGGGGAUAGCUUGGGAGGCAGUAGAUGCUUUAGGCAGGGGAUUUGGGGAGGGUCGCUUAAACUGGGUCCUGAAUGAUAAAGAGGAGCAGUUAUGUACACAUUCAGGAGCAAGCGUGUUCUAGGGAGAGAGAAUAGUAAGCGCAAAGGUCCUGAGGUGGUCCAGGGAAGGAGCCUGGUGUGAAUGAAGGGUAGUGUGCUGGAAGUGGAGAGAACUGCAGUGACAUGGUAGUGUGGACCAGUGAGUGGCAGGGAAUCUGAUCCCCAUUUGACAGCAGGAAACCAGGGUUCCAGAGGGAGAAACUGGUUGAGGAAGUGAUGGCACCUGGGCUUUUUCCAUUCAGCCAUGUCUGACCUUGAGGCCUGUGCACUCUCUUGACUGUUUUGCUCUGAUUCUAGUCUGAUACCUCCUGUGGAGUUGAGUGGCUGAGCCUCUGCUCUCACAGGGAAGCAGUAGCUCUGGCAGAGGCAGAACCAGGUGGGCCUGGACUGGAAGCUCUUGACCUUUGUUUUUGCUAUACCACCUGUGAGCAUUCAGGGCCUGGGAAAAGGAACCAGUUAACCCCAGGAGGCCCUGAUACAAAAUUCUCCUAGGUUUUCUCUGUCAAGCCACGAGUUCUUCAAGGUAGCAGCUAGGCCUGAUUUUGGGGGGAAUUACAUAAGUCUAGCCUGGCAUAAGUAGAUUCUCCAUGCACGUGUGAGAAAUGUAUCCAUUUCCCUGCUCCUGGGAGGACUGGAAACGGGAAUGGGAGAAUGCUUUUUGGACCUUGUUUGUGCUUGAUUACAAGCCUCUGGCCGCAGCAAGGUAUUUGUGAUCUUAGCAAAGCCUUAGGCUGUGAGUGGUUCAGAAAGGUCUAGCUUGAGGCUUGUGGGCAGAUGUGCCUGGGUAAGUGAACAGGCAGACAGGUACCCACUUACGAACUGGUGAGCCUCGCAGUAACCUAAGACUUAGUCUGAGCAGGGCAGGCAGCGUGGCUUUCCUUACAGUGGUGAGAGUGUGAACUCUGACAUCAGAGUGCCUGGGUUCAAAUUCCAGUCUUGUCAUUUCUUGGUCUUGUGACCUUGGCCGACUCGUUUAACUGCACUGUGCCUCAGUACCCUCAUCUGUAAAACAAAGAUAAUUGUUGCACCUGCUUCACAGGAGACAUGUGAAAGCGCUCAGAACCUAGCCUGGCUCUUAGUAGCACUAUUCGGUGUUAAGUGUCAAUAUUUAGGGAAUCACAGGUGGUUCCUUGGAUCCCCUUCCCAAAGUCUGAUGUGCCUGUUACCAGCUGUGUAGCCUUGCCUCAGGCUCUUCAUCUGGAAGCCUCAGUUUUCUCAUCUGCUCAAGGGGAAUGCAGUCACUUCGUGUGCUUGGAUUGGACGCGGCAAGCAUGGGUGAGGUAACUAAAGCACGGUGGUAGCUUUGAAAGAUGAACAAUGGCCCACGUUUGCUGAUCUCUGUGUUGAGAGCUGCAAGUUUGUUCUUUCCUGAGUCCUGCUGUGCGUGCUGUGUGGUGUAGGUGCUAUGAUUUUGUCCAUUUAACAGAGGGGGAAACUGAGGUAGCUCAGAGAAGUGAGCCAGUUUGUGAGUGACAGGAUCAGGGACGAGGUUUCAAAAAACUGCUGUUCCUUUUGAAGACCAAACAGGAUGCAGGGUAAAUUCUGCAUUUCAUUCCUGGUGUUCACAUGUUCCCAGCAUGUCUUGCUUUACUUUUAUCUUUUUUUCCUUAUUGAUCAUAAGUGUAAAGCUCAAUAGAUUUUUACAUUAUGUAUGCCCUUGUGAAACUGUCACCCAGAUCAAGAUAUCGAGCUGUUCCAAGUGCUCCAGCAUUGCCUUCAUUUCUGUCACUUUUCCCAAGUCAUCAUCCCAGCCGGCUGUCGUGGGAGCCCUGUCUGUGAGACGUGACAGUUUGGGUAACAGAGUUUGGUCAUUUUAGAGUGUGAAAGGAAGGGAACAGAGAAAUCAAAAGCUUGCAGGGCCAAGGUGGGUGGAGAGGGUGUUUUUCUUUUAAAAUACAUGGGUGGUUUUAAGGAGAAAUUGAAGCAGCCCGUUCAGACAAUUGUUUUGGUAUCUGGCCCCAGGUCUGUGGUUCCUAACAUGACUUGUGAUAUUAUUUUAAGUGGGCAGAUGGCUUUUUGAUAGCUUCUUUAUCUUGAUCUCAGCUCUUGCAAAGGGGCGGUUGGUGCUCAUUGCAAGAUCAGCGAUAAGAUUUUCUUUGUAGGUCGGUGGCUUUCUUAACGAGUACAUUUCAACUUAUUAUUGUUUCAAAACUUGUGUGCUGCCGGUGACAUGGAGCGCUGUUGAAGAACAGCUGCUCCCUGUGACCCAGCCCUCUUGGGAGAUGGUGGAGGAUCUCAGGGGAUAGCCUCAGCCUGUGGGAGCCCUGAUGCAGAGGGCUUCCUGUUCAGGGAGUAUCGGCUGCUGGCCCACAGUGUACCGAGUGCAGCCAUGUCAGGUGAGGGCAUGGAAGGAGUCUGCUAGUCCAUCGGGAGACAGCUCAGAAACCGAAAUGGCUGCAUUCCUGGCUUUGCUGGACCAGGCCUUUGAUAACCCUUAGGCAUAGAGAUGAUCCAUCAACAAGCAUUUAUUGAGGGCCUGCUACGUGCUGGGCACAGUGCUAGGUUCAAACAGGGCCAAAGCUGCAGACGGGCGCUAAGAUGUCAAAGGGCCUCUGGUGGAACAGGUGGGAGGGGCAGGUCUGGAGGGCUUGUUGUAAGAGCCCUGGCAGAGACCCUGCUGAGUAUUUGCAUGUCCAGUCUCAUCUAAUCCUUUCACCAUUCCCUGUGAGAUAGACUGUUUUGAUCCCUCUUUUCUGGAUGAGCAAACUGAGGCUCCCAGAUUUCAAAGUCCUAGGGCUGGUGUAGGGAGGAGCCCUCCAGGUCUGCUUUGGCUUAACACCCUUGGGAGGUGUCCUAUUCCUCUUAAAAUUAAAGACCAAGAAAACCUCAGGCACCCCCUGCCCUCUCCCCCAGUCUGGCCCCCAUGGCUGCUAGUCUUACCUCAUGCCAUCCUCUGCCUUCUGAGCUUCUGUCACCGUGGUCUUUCCAAGGUGCUUUGCCCCCCUUCCUGCCCCAGGGCCUUUGCCCAUGCUAUUUUCCUCACCAGGAAUGUUGGCCCUGUGCCUCUUGCAGUCUCCUCAUUUUCAUCCUUCAGAUGAAGGAUACAAGAGUGCUUCCUCCUGGAAGCCUGCCCAUCCCAGCCUCCUCAGGCCCCAUUUGGAAAAAAAAAGUUUAGAGCACUGAUCAGCCAAGCAGGCAAGCCCUGUUAGAGAAAGUCCUAUAGCAGAGCAGAUGAGCAUUGCCACAAAUCCAGGGUCACUUCCCCCCCUGCCUGGCUGUCCUACUGUAUUAUUCCCAUCCACUCUUGUCUCCUCCCUGAGGUGACUCUUUUGAAUGUUCUUUACCUUCAGACUUUCUGCUUAAAAAAAAAAGUAGAAACCAUAAGAAUGGACUCCCUACGACUUGUAGCCCCCAAACCUACAAACCAAUGCCCCUCCCUUGUGUUACAGGGGAGGAGGGGGCCCUUUUUCUCCCUCAGGCUGGAGUCUCGACUCUUGCCCUGGGUUCCCUGGGAUCCGUUGUUCUGUCACUCGCUCCAGAACCUGACAAGCAGUUACCCCAUUCUCUCCUGACAGCUUUUCACUGUCCUUGCCUGAGCCUCUCUAUUGGCCUUUACACCUGCCAGCGUCUCUGCUGUCUUAAAAAUCUGUCCUUUGACUCCACCUCUGUCCCUACUGCUCCUGGCCAGCACCCAAUCACCCUCCUACCUUUCAUUGCCAACCCCCCUCUUAAGAGUUGCCUACACUUGUCUUCUCCACUGGCUUCCGUCCCCUGCACUUACCAGAUUCCAUAGCUUGUUUUUUAUUUUGGUGUUCUUCUUGAAGUGGUUGGGCACUCCUGCUUACUACACUCUCUUCCCUUGCCUUGGAACCACCCUCUGCUGCUUUUCCCUGAACUGUCUGGCCCUUCUUUUUCUUGUUGCUGUUUCUUUCAGCCUCAUAUAUACAAACUCAGUGUCUCCGCUUGGCUGAUGUCCCACAGAUGCCUCAGACUCCCCUUGUUCAAGAUUGAAUCCCAUCACCUCCUCCGCCCCCGGAGUCCUGAGCAGCUUCUCACUCUCCGACCCUUCCCUUGCUCAUUUUCCUUCUAAGCAUCCUAAACCCUCCCUGACCCUGUAGUUUGGGCCACGGCCCCUUGUUCUAGUGCAUUCUUUCCUCUUCUGAAGGCCCUGACCUCAGUUUGCAGUUAGACCUUCACUAGGGGAUUACUGGAUGACCUCUGCCCUUCUAGACUGUAAGCUCCGUGAGGGGUAGGGACAUGGUCUCCUUUUGUUCAUUGCUGUAUUCCCACAGGGCCUGCCAUGGUGCCUGGCACUUAACAGGUGCUCAAUAAAUGUUUGCUGAAAGAAUGAGUGUGAGUAUCUUUUUUUGAUGUCUUCUUCCACACAAAAUUGUAAGCUUCCUAGUCAUGUUCGCUCACCCCGGCGUCUCCAGGGUCCCUCACUGGGCUGAUGCACAGUAAGGCCUCAGCGAUUUUUAGCCGUACUUGUAGGUGAAUGGAUGGGGACCCAACUUGCUCUCCAAGUUGGCAGCCUUAGGGGAAAUCAGAACAAUCGAAGUCGACACUGGACGGGCCAGGGCUCAUCUUAGUUGUCUGGAGAGUGAGGGUUUUAGUGUGAAAGUGGUCCUUUUUUAGUCCACAGAAAACUGGUAGGGCAUCAUGACUAAGGACGUAGGCCUGAGGCCACGUGUUAUGAAAGUGGCUGAGCCGGGAUCUGAGCCGGGCGGUCCUGCUCUGGUACCCCAGUUCUCAGCUGCCGUGCCAGGCUGGGUGAUGUGUCUUCCCAGCUGCGCAGUGCGGGGCAAGUUGCUUUCCUUUUCAGGGCCUCAGUUUCUUUCAGUGGGAACUUGGAGGGGAUCGCUGUUCGUUAAGCACUUUACAGGCGAUUUAAAAAUAUUUCCUCAAUCUGCCCAACAGCUCCCUGAGGGAGGUAUUACUAUGACACCAUUUUCACAGAUGAGGAAACCGAGGCAUAGAGAGGUUAAGUAACGUGCUCCAGGUCACACAGCUGGCAGAUGGCAGAGCCAGGGUUAUUCAGAAUGGCCUUUAUUGAGACGUGAAAUCAAUUUACUGGAUUCCAACAAACAUUUAAAAAAUAGCAUAGGAAAUAUUCAGAGCACAUCACAACAUGCAGUAAAGGUAAGUGUUGUUUCAUUCAAAGAACAACCGGUUUUGAGGUUUUCAGUUAUAUAUAUAUACGUGUAUGUAUUUACACAUGUCUGGGCAUGUGCUGGGUUAUGAUGUAAAAUGUAUUUCUUACUGUGGGUCACGGCCAAAUGAAUGAAGUCAUUGCUGAAACAAGCUCAUAGCACCAUAAACCACUCAGCUCCCUCCCCUACGGACUGUAAGUCCCAGAGCUGACACCAACACAGACUGUCACUAGGGAAGGCAGAGCAGUGCCCCACAUAACUUGGUGGCUUUCACAGCCUCCUUCAAACCCUGUUUUCUUCAGAAAGCAGAUGGCUCAGGGUAACUGGGGUUCCAAGUAUCUCAGGCAGGUUUCUGACGCCACCAGUCCCCUUGGAGUCAGCAGUAUCUUCAGGCUGACUGCCCGGGAGCUGGGGUCUGCUGAGUUUCCCUUUGGGUUUCAGUGUGUGACCCACUUUGGGCUAGCCAGGUUCUUUGAAAACCGGAGUGUUGGGGGUGCUCUCAGAGGACUCGGGCGGGCGGGUGGCGGCGGUGGCGGUGGCAGUGAUGUGACUGCUCUGAAAGUCGGCUUUGCUUUUCUCCGUGGGGCUCGUCUGCCCUCGCUUGCUCACUCUCUGUGGCGAUUCACUUUUGGGUACUGUCUCGGCUGGCCUAGGCUGGGGCCCACAGCACUUUCUGAAAUCUCACCCCCUGGUGUCCCUAGGUGCUGUCUGAGGUCAGAGUUCACAGAGUUUCCUGAUGGUAGGAAGAAUUUUCACGCCCAGGAGACAGGCAUGCAGGCCUGACAGGGCCCCUUUUCCGCCACCUGUCUUGACUUGUUCUCAAGAGCACCCAAAGGAUGCAUGCUCAAGAGUUUCCCUGGUCUGUGUGCUCCAGCCCACUACUGCCCACUGCCCUGGAGGCGAGGCCACGUGGCGUUUGUGGGGUUGAUGCCAAAAGGGCAGGUUUCCUUCUCGAAAAUUAGCAAGCACAUUAGAGGUACAGUUUUGUUCUUAAUCUCCUUCCUCGCCAUAUUUCUAAGAACCCCUCUUCUCUGUUACUGAUUCGUGAGUCAGUAAACAUUUGUACUCCAUUUCUUUCACCAUCCUCCUUUUGAUUAAGGUCAGAGCUGCCCCUGAAUAUUUACUGUGAAAGACAGUUCAAGGAUAUUUAGGUUUUUUUUUUUGUACACAGUUUCAAAGACUGUCUUCAAAAUGGAACCCUCUUUGGAUGUUAUCAGCAUGGUAUGUAGUUAGCAGUUAGAGGGGGCAGAGACACGAUUCCUUGAGCCUCGGUUUCUGCAUUGGUAAAAAGGGUGUUGCUUUGAAGGAUAAAUGCAAAGGUUUUCAAAUGACUUGGUGUAUCAAUGAAAAGGGCCCACGUUGCAGGAGGUGAACAAUAGAUGCUUGUCUCCUGCUUUCAUCUCUCGGACUUUGGAGGUGGGGAGAGUGACCCGUGUACUUCUGCUGACUUUGUGGAUCUUGGGAUUGGCUGAACAGCUUGAUCUGAUUUUUGGAUGCCCUCUCCUGCUUCUCACCCUCCCCGGCUUUGGAAUAGAUGUUCUGGGGACUGAAGGAUUUGUUUUCGUAUCUUCCCAGGAGGAGGGUUGCCUUGCUGUUUGUGGGUCUUCUGGAGAAUGCUUGCUUUAGAAGAUCCUAGGAAGAAGAAAUUUUCUUUAAUGAAGGACCUCACCAGCAAAAGAAAUCAGUAGAAAUUGUAUUGGGCCACAAAUCCAAAUUUUUGUAAAACCUGGAUUUUUGACCCACUCAGGGGACUGGUGCAGGACUAAACCAAUUGGCCCCAAAUCCUCUUUUCUCAGCCGUGAGAAGCAGGAGUUGAUGGCUGGGCUCCUGGAAUCACCCACGCUGUGCCGUAUAGUAUUCUGAUUCAAGUACCUUUGGUGGGAUGCGUGAGCCCUAGUCUGUGGUGAAAGACAGAUGGUCCCUUCUGGAGCUUCCAAACGUCUAGAUCCAGGUACCUGGUUCAAGCCUCCUCUGAGAGGGUGCUAGUAAAAGCACUUCUUGCAGCCACUUCUGUGUCUGGUGGUCUUCUAGCCACAUGUCCCAUGAAGGCAGGGAAACUGGAAAUAAAUAGGUGGGCAAAAGGCAGGCCCAAAGCAAAGCUUGAAUGAAGCUGGAGGCAGGGAGCUUGUCCAUCAUUGCUGUCUCCCUCUAUCUACUCUGGAGAGGACUAAAGAUGGGCUGUGAUAAGAUCCCAGCCUCCCUCAUCCAAGAAGCAGCAGUUUGCUGGUUUCGAGCAGACUUAGGAGCCGAAAGCCUAGGUUUCCAUCUUCACUGCAAAGCCGUUUGACCUUGAGCCAUUUACUCGGCUUCUGUUUCGCCAUCUGUAAGAGGAUAAUAAUACUGCCUGCUUCAGAAGAGUACCUAUCUCAGAGGGUUGCCGUGAGGGUUAGAUGAAUAAAUGUGAAGCUGUACCGUGAAGUAGCAUAGGAAGCACUAUAUUCAGGUCAGCUAGUGAUACUGUUUCUGUAGGUAAUUAUGAAGGUGGUCAAUUAUGUGUUUUCAAACAGUUGCAGCCGCUUCCAGAAAUGUCAACAGCAUCUUGUUCCUUCUAGGGAAGAAAAAAGUCUGAGCUGUGGCCUCAGCCCUUCUCAGGUCUCCGCACGUGUUUUAGUUAAUGAUUCCCUCAUUUGCCUUAAUCUGUAAACAGCUGAUACUCAUUUGUGAGAAGGAGAACAGCGAUUUCUCCUUGAUCCUCAUGACCCCACCCCUGGCCAGGACUGGCUGAAAUAUGCUUGGUUUCUGCCACUCCGACCUUGGGGUCUGGCUUGCCUGGUGAAGGAGGAGAGAGACCAGCAAAUACCUACGGUUGAUUCAGCCCGUGCUCCGUGUCAGGCCCUGGGUUUGUCUGGCUUGUUGUGUCAUUUCUCUUGACUGUCCUGUGCAGGGCGUACACAUCCUGGCUCCCCCUGUGCUCCAUUUUCAGGCCUAACGAGGAAGAACUGAAGAUGAAGAGGGCAGAAGAAAGUAGCCCUGCUGUGGCAGAGCGUCCCAAGGUCCGGGAGUCAGUGGGUCCCCUGGUGGCCCCCACCCCUCUCCGUCCAUGGCCCCAGAUGACACUUCAGGUUUCUGAAGUUACAGCAACCGGCAAACCCCCAGAGGAAGGUGAUGUCCCCAGAAGCAGUCUGCCAGUGGCUUUCACAGAAGUUCCCCGGGCACCAGCCAUCAGGAUUCCCCUCUCUUCCUCUCUCUGUGGCCUGGGUGGCUCUCCCAGGGACCAGGCCUCAGGGCCCGAUGCGAGUGAGGGGGCAGCCGGGCCUCUCCUGGAACCCAGCCAGCGACAGGUGGAAGCCGCGUGGGAAGUGUCCAGCGAGAAUGGAAGGGGCCGAAAGGACUCCGUGGUGGGGGCUGUUAAGGAUGAGCCCUCCAGGGGUCUGGAGGCCAUGAGUGGGUUGGAGGAGCUGCUUGGCGAGGACACCAUUGACCAGGAGCUGGAGCAGCUCUACCUGUCCCACCUGAGCCGCCUGCGAGCUGCUGUGGCUGCUGGUGGGGCAGGAGGUGGGGGGGAGGGCCCCACAGAUGGGGGAGUGUCCCCCAGCCACCCUCUGGGCAUACUCACGGACCGCGACCUGAUCUUAAAGUGGCCUGGCCCUGAGCGGGCCCUGAACAGUGCCCUGGCUGAGGAGAUCACACUGCACUAUGCCCGGCUGGGGCGUGGUGUGGAGCUUAUCAAGGACACUGAGGACCCAGAUGAGGACGGGGAGGGGGAAGAGGGGCUCUCCAUUAUACCCUCCAGCCCAGAAGGGGACACCCCCAAGGAAUCGCCUCCAGAAAUCCUUUCUGGGGUCCGUUCUGUGGUAGCCACUGUAGGAGAUGUGUGGCUCCCAUGGGCAGGGGGCUCGGGAUGUGACAGCCCUGCGGUUCUGGGUAUAGAGGGUCAAUUCCCUGGGGCUCCAGAGAAGGGGAUGGGCAGGGACACUGACUCUCUGCAUAUGAAUAGGAUGAUAGCUGGGGUGACUGGGUCCCCGGAGGGGACAGAAGCCCGGAUGGAGUUUACCACUGGGACAGCAGACAGCUUGGUUCCUAUAUCCAGCAAGGAGCUAACUGCUCCAGUCCUGUGGGGGCAAAAUCUCCCCCUCCUUGGUCCCUUGGGGGCUGAAGUCUAUCCUUCCAGCCUGGCCAGGCCCCAUGUGAGCUCCCAGGAUGAAGAGGGUUCAGGCCCAAGCCUUGAGCCCCCAAAGAGGUCUCCUACCCGAGCAGCCCCUGCAGAGUGUGUGUGUAUAUUGCCUCCCCAGCUCCGGGGACCCUUGACCCAGACUCUGGGGGUCCUGGCUGGGCUGGUGGUGGUCCCUGUGGCUCUGAACAGUGGUAUGUCCCUCCUGGUGCUUGCACUGUGCCUCUCUCUGGCCUGGUUUUCAUAAGAGCCGCUCGUGAGAUCAGCAAUAACAGGCUUCCCCCUCUCUGGGGUCUGGGGAGGGGCAGCCCCUGCACUGCCCCCUCCCAGAGAGUUCCGAUGGGAUGUGUGGCCUGCACAAUGAGGGGUUCUUUGCUUCUGAGAAAGCUCAAUGGGAGAGAGGCCUUCCUGUCCCUGAGUUCUCCAGUCAGCAUGGCACUCCCUGUGAUGAUACCAGUGGAGAGAAACGGCACGGGUAGAUGGUGUGAGUGAAAACUUGCAGAAUGGAACCGGGCAUGUCUUCCCUUCCCCCGCCCCACCCCAAGCCUGUAUUUAUUUUUGUAUAAUUCUCUGGAUGAGGGAGAGUGGUCAUGAGCUGGUCUUGGGGCACAAUUACCCAGAGAUAUAUUUAUUAACAGCCAACCUGUGCAACCUGCUGGAGCUUUAUUUUUAAUUUAAUUUAUAUAGAGUACCUAUUAUUAUAUGCCACAAUAGAGCUCUAUGAGAAACGA